AUGAAAGUGACCACGUUAACUUCAAUUUGUUUGGCUUUGAUGGCUUUUGCCAAUGCGGAGGGAGUUCAACAACAGAAGAGAAACUUUUUUGAUGAUAUUAUAAAUGGAAUCACAGGUAACACGGCCACGGCAGCAGCAGCCAACUCACAGGCUCCAUCAUCACCAGCAGCCACAGCAGCACAAACAGCAGCCACAGGAGCCACUGCAUCCGCCAAUGGAGGAUCCACAUCAACAACGCUUGAAGCCGACGACGAGGCUGAUUGUGUAGACGAAUCAUCUACACCAGCAGCAAGCAACCCAACUUCAUCAAGUCCAGCUUUAUCCAGCUCCACACCAUCAUCCUCAUCUCCAGGAGGUCUUGGGUCUAUCUUGUCAAACUUGUAUCCAGGCUCAGGAUCAUCAUCAUCAACCCCAAGCAACACACAAACCAUUGCUGGACAAUCAUCUUUGUCACAAAGCUUGGAUCCUGUUGCAUCAACAUUGAGCAACGCACCUCCAUCAUCGUCUUCCAAUUCAUCAUCUGCAACAACAACCGCAGGUGGAAACUUCCUUUCAAGCCUUUUGCUGCCAUCGAAUGGCUCUCAAUCUCAAAGUUCCUCAAGUUCUGAACCAGAUGACGGUGAAGAGUGUGAAGACCCAACAACUAGUCCCGUAGCCUCAAAUACCAACAUCGUCCCAACAAACACCGGAGGAAUCACUUACCCCACCACCACAGCUACAGGAAGCAACACCGAUCCUACUUCCUCUGGUAACUGGUUGAGUUCAUUGUUGAAUCCAGGAACCUCAACUGUUGCUGGCGUUUCAUCAGAGCCAGCACUUUACAACUCCCUGAGCACGUCAUUGCACCCAAGCUCUUCCCUUGCUGGUGUGGUUACUACUCCUGCCGGAACAAGUGAAGAAGAUGAUUUGACAGAUUGUGAAACUGCCACCAAUGACCCUACAACAAAUGUAUACACUUCAAGUCCAACCACAACCACUGGUGGAAAUGGCGGAAUUGGUGGAACCACUACCCCAACGGUUACUUCUAAGCCUACUUCAAAUGCUGCCAACACAAGUGAAGAAGAUGAUUUGACCGAUUGUGAAACCAAUACUGAUGUCCCACCAACUAAUGGAGUUCCCACCACCACAACCAAAGCAACUACAGUUGCAGGCGACCCUAAAACUACUACCAUCACUACUACUAAUGCAGGUGGUGGAGUAGCAACUACUACUGUCACCACGAAGGGUCAAGGUACUGCAAAAGAUCCUACUACUGCUGCACCAGGUGGAGCCACAGUAACCGAAGCACACACAGUUACACUUACAUACACAGGUGCUGGAAAGACGUUUACAACUUAUGUUACUCAACAACCUGAUGAAUGUGCAGAGACUGUGUACUACACUGUUACCACCGUUGUUCCAUGUACCACUGUUGCUCCUGGCGGAGGUAUCACCACCACCACAGUUACCGUUGUUGUCACCCAAACUGUUUACCCACAAGAUGAGAAUGAUUCUGAUUAUGGCUACUCAAGUGAAUCAAGCGGAUCUAGUGGAUCUAGUGGCUCUAGUGGAUCCAAUUACGGAGGAUCAAGUGGCUCAAGCGGAUCAAGUGGUUCAUCAGGAGAUGAUAGUGGUGACUGGGAAUGGAUUGAAGAAGGCGAUGAAGAUUGUACAACAACCACCGCCACAUCUGUUGCUACUAGUGGUUCGGGUUCAUCAGGGUAUGGCUCAUCAGGAUCCGGCUCCGGCUCGUCAGGUUAUGGAUCAUCAGGCUCUGGAUCAUCGGGUUCUAAGUCACCAAGUUAUGGAUCAUCAGGAUCAGGAUCAUCAGGCUAUGGCUCAGUCGGUUCAGGUUCAGGUUCAGGUUCAGGUUCAGGCUCAUCAGGUUCCGGUACAAGUGAUCUUAGUGGUUUGCAUCCUACUGAUAUUGUCUGCCCAGGAGAAGAUGGUUAUGAUAGUGGAGAUGAUGACUACACCAGCACAUCUGGACUGACCUUAGCUCCUACAGAGGAGUGUGACGACGAAGAGGUUGACGACAAUGAUGAUGAUUGCGAAGAAACUACAACGUCGAGUUAUCAAAACAGCACUGCGUCAGCCACCCAUAACUCAACAGUACCUGCACCAUCGUCGACUGCCUACUUGAAUGGAACUUACGGAUUCUUGAAGAAUGCUGAAACUGUUGCUGUUACCACCACCCAAAACACUGUGGUGACUGCUUCGGGAACUGCUUCCACAGGUGAAGCUGCAGUUUCCCAAGUCAAUGCCGCUAACAAAUUGGGAGCUACUGGAAUGAAUGCUGGAUUAUUCACUUUUAUUGCUGUUGCAGGAUACUUUUUGUUGUGA